AUGUCUGAUGGUCUGGCUCGCAUCCGCGCAACGCUAAAUGUCCGUCCUCCAUAUUGCAGUGGAACUUGCGAAAUUGCUGUCGAGCAAUCUACACUCUUUUAUAGUACAGCGACAAGCGGUGUACGAAAAAUCAAUCUGCUGUUCCCUACGCAGAACCAGCUUGAGUCUCUGCAUGAAGCUUGUCAGCCUGCAGCAUAUAGUCAUGGAGAAGGUUCCAAGAAACACAAGGCCGGCAGGUUAGACGCCACCGCAUUCGCCACUCAAUUUAGCUUGGAAAACACCGGAUUAGUUGAUGCUGUGGGCCAGUCGCUACUGGAGGGCAUGGCCGUUGGGCGGGACAUCAGAUCAGAAUUAUAUGAAUUGAAUAUCUAUGGUGCGAGCAAUUAUGUCGGACCACACAAGAGUGCUACGAACAGCGACAAGAUAUUCGGUUUCCUUGAUAUUGUAUUCCCGACUCCGCAUACCGGAGGGAUAUGCAGUCUACGCAACAACGAAAAUGAGUGCCGUGUCGACUUUGCAACCAUGCUGUCAGAAGCACAGAUCCCUCUCGUUGGUUACGCAGCGUACUUCAAAGAGGUCGAACGUGAGAUUGACCCAAUCACAUCCGGUCACCGCCUGACGUUGAGUUACAAACUCUACGUUGCGUCUGGCGGGGACAGUCCAUCAGCUACUAUGAUCUGGGCACCCGGCCCUUUUGAACCGUCCUUGGAAACUGCCCUGGCCGAAUUCGUGAAUGAUCCCAAGGUGUUGCCUAACGGUGGUUAUCUCGGGUUCGGACUUCGCCAUCAGUACCCGGUAUCGUCAGAGAUGAGAGUGGACACUCUUAGGUCAUGCUUGAAGGGUUCGGAUGCGAUUAUCACGCGCGUCCUGAAUAAGCUCCAUCUGUCAUGGUCUCUUCGCGUUCUAUACCGAGACAGUGUGUCUCAUUCGGAACAGACAUUCGUGCUUCAUAAGUUCAUAUCAGAUCUAUCCCAGAAAGACCUCGUGCGGAGUCACUGGGGCGCUGGUGAAAAAUUGGGUCUAGGAGCUGAAUUCGUUCGGUUUGUUGAUGAAUUUGGGAAUGACGACGAGAAGCGGGCUGUCGAUUAUUCCAAAUAUUCGGAAGAUGUUGACAUCAUCCAAAUGACAGAGGUGCCUUCCGUCACAAACGUGCAUUCUCAAUACCUUGCGUACGGGAACGAGGCAAUGAUGGGAAACCUGUAUGGCGAUAUUUGCCUAGUUGCGGAGGUCCCUGCGAAGGUCCUGUAUUAG